AUGGAGGAUCAUAGAACAGCAGCUAGACUGGUGCCAAAAGGUGGUUUUAUGGCAAACAUUGAUUUAAAAGAAGCCUAUUUUUUAUUGCCUAUUUCAAUAACACAUCGUAAAUAUUUGCGCUUUAUAUUUGAAGGAAAUUGUUUUGAGUUUAACGCUCUGCCUUAUGGUUUAUCUGCAGCCCCUAGAGUUUUCACUAAGCUAAUGAAAGAAGUGGUAAACUAUUUGCGGAGUAAGGGUCUCAGGUCUGUAAUAUAUUUAGACGAUAUAUUAUGUAUAGGGGAUACCUAUUCCGAGUGUCAAUCAAAUGUUACAAAAACAAUCGAGUUGUUGAAUUGCCUCGGAUUUGUCAUAAAUUAUGAAAAAAGCAAUCUAGAACCACGACAAAUUUGUAAAUUUCUCGGCUUUAUUUAUAACACAAUUGAUAUGUCAUUAAGCUUACCAGCAGCUAAGCGAAUUACUAUCAUAAAAUUAGUUAAAAAAUUUAGUUCCCUACCGCAAUGUUCCAUCAGAGAACUAUCGCAAUUCAUUGGCGUGCUGACCGCAGCAUGCCCAGCAGUAAAAUACGGCUGGUUGUAUACCAAAUCCCUCGAGCGACAAAAAUAUUUAGCACUCCAAAAACAUGGAGACUUCGAAGCUCGCAUAAAACUAUCCGAUAUCGUUUUACCCGAUUUACUGUGGUGGGAACAAAAUAUAAUGUCAACAUGUAAUGUUUUAAGAUAUGAUAACAAUUAUUCCUUAGAAAUAUAUACAGAUGCCUCCCGAACUGGCGGGGGAGCAUUUUGUAAUGGCAAACGCGUGAAUGGUGGGUGGAAAGAUGAUGAAUUAUCUUUUCAUAUUAAUCACUUAGAAUUAUUGGCAGUCUUCUUAAGUUUAAAAUGUUUUGCUAGCAAACAUUGUAACUGCUCUAUAUUAUUGCGUGUCGACAACACAACUGCUUUAUGCUAUAUUAACCGAAUGGGUGGUAUUCGGUUCCCGCGUUUACAUCAGUUGGCAAAAGAUAUUUGGCGGUGGUGUGAGAAGCGAAACAUUUCCCUCCUUGCAUCUUACAUAAAUACGCGUGAAAACGUGGAAGCUGAUGCAGAAUCACGUAAAAUCAACGUAGACACAGAGUGGGAACUAUCUAAUUGGGCCUUCCAAAAGAUAGUUCACACUCUGGGUGAACCAGAAAUUGAUCUUUUCGCAUCUCGCACUAACACAAAAUGCUGCCAAUAUAUAUCUUGGAAACCAGAUCCUGAUGCAAUCACAGUCGACGCUUUCACUGUUAAUUGGCAUCCCUACUCCUUCUAUGCAUUCCCACCGUUUGCACUUAUUCUAAAAUGUUUGCGAAAAAUAAUAAACGAUAAUGCUACUGGCAUUCUAGUUUUCCCCUAUUGGCCAGGCCAAGCAUGGUUCCCCUUACUCAAACGAAUGAUCAUCUCAGAUAUUGUAAUUUUUGAACCUAAAAAAGAUAUUUUACGUUCAAAUUUCAGAUCUCAUCACCGGCUUCAUCGCAGCCUUAAGCCUUUCCCUGGGGGCCGCGCUGCUCUCAGGGAAGCAUUUACAAGAUUAAAUACACCGGAGGUAGCCCUGGAUCUUAUGUUAGCAUCUAUUUCCCACAAUACCAUGAAACAAUAUUCAUCUACUUAUAAAUUAUGGUGGUCUUUCUGUGAGAAAACCUCAAUUGAUAGUUUCGAAGCCCCCAUAUCAUCAGUAAUAGUAUUCUUAGUUAAUUUAUUUAAUGAAGGCGCAUCCUACGGCGCCCUUAAUAGUCACCGAUCAGCCCUAUCUUUACUCCUCGGGAAUAAUAUAGGUUCUGAUGAGCGUAUCAAACGACUUUUAAAGGGCAUGUAUAAACAAAAGCCAUCCCGUCCUAAAUAUGCUACUACUUGGGAUCCCAAAAAGGUACUAGACCAUAUUUCCAGUUGGUAUCCGAAUAAUGAAAUAAAUUUAACUCAACUCACAAAAAAGUUAGCAAUAUUAUUAGCUCUGUGUACUUCACAAAGAGUACAAACACUAUCUGUUAUUAAAAUUUCCAACAUCAAUAAGACUCCUACUGGAAUAAAGAUUUUAAUAUCAGACAUUAUAAAAACCUCCGCAGCCAAUCGAGAACAGCCUGUACUUUGGCUGCCUUAUUUUUUAGAUAAUCCAUGCAUAUGUCCAGCAACAACCCUUGAAGAUUAUCUUUCAGUUACAGCCGUAUCUCGAACAGAUGAUAACGAUAAUCUAUUCUUGAGCCAUAAAAAACCGUUCAAAAAAGUUUCUUCUCAGACUAUAAGUAGGUGGAUAAAGCAGGUUCUUGCAGAGAGCGGCAUUGACGUCACCAUAUUUAGUGCUCAUAGCACUCGUCACGCCUCCACCUCGGCAGCGGCCUCUGCAGGAGAGAGAUUGAGACCAUAAGAAGGACAGCUGGCUGGUCUAGCUCGUCUUUGACAUUCGCUAGGUUUUAUAACCGUCCAGUGGUCGAUUUAGAUACAUAUGCAAGAUCAGUAUUUGCUGUUGAUUAAAUAUUUAUAUAAUGAUUCACGCUAAAUAAUUAAUCAAAAUGUUGUAUAUUGAUUUAUCAUAAGAAGUUUGAAAUUAUGUUUUUUGGUUAUAAAAUAAAAGUUUUCUUCUGUAUAUCUAUGUUUUACUAACAUAACUCUGAACAUCUACCUGGUAAACUGUAUCUGAAGAAUGAAGCGACGACAUAUAAUAUAAGAUCAAACGAACUUCUGGAAGUGAAGUUCGAUCAUUAUUAUAUGAGUCGCUUCAUUCGAAGAUACAGGCUUCCCUCCCACCCAUACCCUAGAAUAAAACUUUUAUUGUAUUGUAUUUAUAUUCUCUAAACAAGAAUGACUUGAACAUUCAACCGUCACUAUAUUGAGAAAAAAAAAAAAAAAAAAAUGUGGGUAUUCGAUUAAAAA